CGGACUGUUUUCCUCCUCAGGGUUUCGUAAGAGGCGCACUGCAAACGCACGUACGGGCGUUCUCACAUGGAAGAGGAACUGGUGGAGAUUUCCGCUCUUUCCGCCUUUUGAACCAGAGAAGCCGCAAAACGGCGCGACCAGCAGCAGCGGCAGCAGCAGCAUGUUCUCCGCUCGGACUUUGGGGCAGUUUGCUGCGUGUUUGUUGGUUCUUCUUCUCUCCUCCGCCUCGGAGGGGACGCGCAGCAGGGAGAGGGUUUACUACGUGGGGAUCACAGAGGACUGGUGGGAUUACGCUCCAAGUGGAAAAAACCUGCUGAACGGCAAGGCAAUCGAAGACGAUGAGCAUGCAUCUAUAUUCCUGGAGAAAGGGCCCCGCUCUAUUGGCAGCGUUUACAAGAAGGCGAUGUAUCGACAGUACACAGACGGUACCUACAGCAGCCUGUCUCCGCGGCCUGAGUGGCUGGGCUUCCUGGGACCGAUCCUGCGGGCAGAGGUCGAUGAAACCAUUGUGGUCCACCUUAAGAAUUUCGCAUCCAGGAACUACUCUGUGCACCCUCAUGGAGUUUUCUAUGAGAAAAAUGCCGAAGGCGCGCUCUAUCCAGAUGGGACAUCAGACAGUCUGAAGAGGGACGACGCCGUGCCUCCGGGAGGCAGUUACACCUACCGCUGGGAGGUCAGACCGGAAUUUGCGCCCACUGAUGAUGAUGCCAACUGCCUGACCUGGGUGUACCACUCUCACUUUGAUGCCCCAAGAGACAUUGCUUCUGGACUUAUUGGAGCGCUGCUCACAUGCAAGAAAGGGAUCCUGAAGACGGCUAAAGAAACAGUCCCGUCACAGCCGGAGUCGGCCCGCAAUGACGUGGACCAGGAUGUCUUCCUGAUGUUCAAUGUGGUGGAUGAAAACCUGAGCUGGUACCUGGACGACAAUAUUGAGAAUUGUUCUGAUUCCGCUGGAAUCGACCCAGACGACCCGGACUUUCACGAGUCAAACCUUAUGCAUGCCAUUAAUGGGUACUUGUUUGGUAAUCUGCCCGGAAUACAGUUGUGCCAGAACCGUGCAGUAGCCUGGCAUUUGUUUGGCAUGGGUAACGAGGUAGACAUUCAUUCUGCCUUUUUCCAUGGGAAUACUCUCCUGGACCGUGGCCACCGCACUGACGUCCUCAGCCUGUUCCCUGCCACGUUUGCUACAGCUGAGAUGAUUCCAAAAGCGGGCGGAAAGUGGCUUUUGACCUGCCAGGUUAAUGACCACUUGCAGGCUGGGAUGCAGGCCUUUUAUGAGGUGAAAUCAUGUGACGCUGAGGCCAGCAGCAAACCGCUGGGCGGUGUUGUGCGGGACUACUACCUGGCAGCCGAGAGAGUUCUGUGGAACUAUGCUCCCUCAGACAUGGACCUGAUAAACAACGUAUCGCUAACUGAGGCAGACAGAGAUUCAGAGGCUUUUUUCGGAAGAGGCGAAGGAAGAAUUGGGGGCAGCUACUUCAAAGUGAUAUACAAAGAGUACACAGAUGAUACCUUCACUACUCAAAAGCCUCGUUCUGAACACUUGGGCAUCUUGGGUCCAGUCCUGAGAGCAGAGGAAGGAGACACCCUCAGAAUAACAUUUCUGAACAUGGCUGACAGGAAUUAUAGUAUCCAGCCGCAUGGGCUGCACUAUGACAAACAUUUCCAGGGAAGCAGCUACAAAGACGGUGUUGUCAAACCAGGCUCCCACGUUGGUCCGGGUGAGAACUUCACCUACGUCUGGCAGGUGCUGGACGGCCCUUCGGCUUCUGAUUCUCCCUGCAUCCCCUAUCUGUACUACUCGGCCACUGAUCCCAUCAAGGACACCAACUCCGGAUUAGUUGGACCUCUGCUUGUGUGUAAAAAAGGAGCGCUGUCGGUGAAGGGAACCCAGAAAGGCGUGGAUAAGGAGUUCUUCCUUCUUUUUUCUGUGAUGGAUGAAAACUCGAGCUGGUAUUUAGAUGAAAAUGUUGAAAAAUUUGGCAAUAAUGAGACAAAUGCAGAGAGCGAGAGCUUUGAGGAGAGCAACAACAUGCAUGCUGUGAAUGGACGCAUGUAUGGGAACCUUCAUGGACUGGAGAUGUGUGCCGGAGACAGAGUCAGUUGGUACACCUUCGGGUUAGGCACUGAAGUGGACAUCCACGGUAUUUAUUUUGAAGGCAACACUUUCAAGAAGCAGAGCACAACGCGCGACACUGUCAAUCUCUUCCCUCAUACCACGGCCUACGUCGCCAUGCAGCCUGACGUCGUUGGUGUGCACGAGGUGAGCUGCAGAGUAACAGACCACUACUCAGCCGGCAUGAGGCAGAUUUACAGGGUGAACCACUGCCCACACAAAAAAGUGAAGCACACGCAAACACAGCCGACUAAAAUUGUGCAGUAUUUCAUCAGCGCUGAUGAAGUGGAGUGGGACUACUCACCUGAGAGAGACUGGGAGUUUGAGAAACACCACGUCACAUCAGAGGACAGUCCAGGCAGCAUAUUUGUGGAAAAAGGGACCAAUCGGAUUGGCUCUCGUUAUAAGAAGGUGGUGUAUAGAGAAUACACUGACGACUCCUUCACAGUUCAGAAGGAUCGACAGCCCAAUCAGCAACAUUUAGGAGUUAUGGGUCCAAUAAUCAAAGCAGAAGUGGGAGAACAAAUCGUGAUCACAUUCAAGAACAGAGCCAGCCGACCGUACUCAAUCACUGCGCAUGGAGUAAAGGCCAGCGGGGCGCACGUUCCUGUUAAACCUGGUCACAUUCUUGAGUUGACUUGGGACGUUCCUGAGAGCUCUGGUCCAGGGAUCACUGAUCCCAACUGCAUCUCUUAUGCAUACUUCUCCACUGUUGAUUUCAUCAAGGAUCUGUACAGUGGACUUCUGGGGCCUCUGGUGAUCUGCAGACCAGGGACUCUGAAGCGUGGCCAGGGGUCCGACAGACAAAGAAGUGAUGUGGAAAAUGAGUUUGCUCUGCUCUUCAUGGUGUAUGAUGAAAACCAGUCCUGGUACAUGGAAGAAAAUAUCAGAACGUACCUUGGCGUCGAUCCUGCAACAUUCGAGCCAGAUGAAGGCUUUGAGGAGAGCAACCUCAUGCACGGAAUCAAUGGCAAGCUGUAUGGAAACCUCCACGGGCUGCUGAUGACUCAGGGCCAGAAGGUUGACUGGUAUCUGCUGGGGAUGGGCAACGAAGUGGACAUGCAUACUGUUCAUUUCCACGCUGAGACUUUCACCUACAAGACGGACCGUGUGCAUCGUGCAGAUGUCUUUGAUCUGUUCCCGGGGACUUUCCAAACAGUUGAAAUGGUGGCAGGAAAUCCAGGGACGUGGUUACUUCACUGUCACGUGACGGACCACAUCCACGCUGGCAUGGAGACGACUUUCACCAUCAAAGAGAGGUCCUCAAAUGCUGCAAUAUCUAGAACUGGAGCCUCCCUUAAGAUGGUCCUGUUCUCACUAGCCCUCGCCCUGCUGGCUGGCUGUCGAACACACUGAUGAGGGAUUCUGACAGUGGUUGUGAAUGUGUUUAAAACCAACUGUGGCCAUUUUUGCACUUAGAAAAAAAAUCCAGGGAAAAAAAAAGUCACAGUAGCUUUUACUGAAGACUGUGUGUAGAUAUUAAAGGGGCUGUAUCAUGCAAAAUUCACUUUUUGUAUGUUUUAACCUUGUUAUAUAGUUAUGUACCCACCAAAAACACCCCCAAAGCAUUUUUUUCCUCCGUGCCUGUGUGUUUGAGCUUUC